UACUUUUCAUCUUAACCAAACGAGCACUGUACUCGCAGAGGAUAGUGAGUCGGGCAGCUUGAAAAUGGACGUCACCGGCCUGAGAGCCGCCGCCACGUCUUCCCUUUAUUGGUCCAGAGCUUCUUCCCUCCUCUGCCCAUUUUUCAAGCCCAAUUCAUUUCACUUCCCGCUCUCUCUUUCCUCUCCACGCUUCUCUCGGCUUUGCUCUCUGCCUGAAAGGGGUAGAAUGAAUGCAUUGCCGAAUGGGGUAAGUGAGGUGGUCGCAGAAGAAGAUCCUCAGAGCAAAUUUUUUCAAGUGGUAUUAGUGUCACCCCAGAUUCCUGGAAACUCUGGAUGCAUUGCCAGAACUUGUGCUGCGUCAUCUGUUGGAUUACAUUUAGUUGAGCCAUUGGGAUUUCAGGUUGACGAUGCAAAAUUAAAGCGGGCUGGACUUGAUUACUGGCCAUAUGUGGUAGUCAAAGUGCACAGCUCGUGGGCAGAGUUUCGGGAAUACUUCAGGCAGCAGGAAGGAGAAAAGAGGCUUCUAGCAUUUACUAAGAGAGGGACAAAUAUCCACUCGGAAUACUCCUACAGGAGAGGAGAUUGGCUCGUAUUUGGCUCUGAAACUAGUGGCUUACCCCCUGAAGCCCUGCUCGACUGUAACAGUGAACCUUUGGGUGGUGGCACUAUUCGGAUUCCAAUGGUUGAAACAUAUGUUAGAUGUCUGAAUUUAUCGGUCAGUGUUGGCAUCGCUUUAUAUGAAGCUUCUAGACAGCUAAACUAUGAGCAGCUCCAAAAUGUGUCGGAAUCUCGUAUGGACAGUGAAACACCAUUAGUAGCUGAAGACAUUUUUGCUUAAACUUGCUUAUUGACCUUUUCAAACAGAUCACCAAAUUUGUGCCCAAAAGAUCAAAUCUUUGAUGAUUCCAUCAUCUAUGAUUGAAUUGCAAAAACUUCUUGAGUAGUACUUCAACUUCAAGAAACGAAAGCAAGCUUUCAUCUUGAAGUUCAGUCCUGACUCCCUUGUUUUUGCUUCGGACGAGAACCCAUGUCAAACCAUAUUUCUCUUAUUUGAUUAGAUUCAUCUAUGGAUUAGCAACUUGUUGGCCAAAACCAUCAGUCACGGAGUGCGAUAGGUCACAUGAACUAAUUGUCCAGCAAUAGUAUUGUAUCCCCUACAUAAGAUUCCAAUAUCUUGUUUUUGAAUAGUAUGAUUUUGAUUUGCCACUUGUUUGGCAUGUAAAAUCUCUCAUAUGUCGGUUGUUAGUCCAUAUCUGUUAGGCAUUCAAGCAAAACCCAAUGCAUAAAAAUACAAACAAAAGAAUGUCUCAAUUACUAUA